AUUUUCGACCCGAAUUCAAAUUUAGCUGUUCUGUGAUUUAAAUGUUUGGUGUGUGCAGGUCAGGUCGUAAGUCAUAUUAUAUUGUUGGAAAAUUUAUGUUUAAAUUAUGAUAGGAGGUGGCUAGUGGGUGUUUUAUUUGACAGUUUUGUCAAAUACGUACAAGCAAUUUUUACUAACAAUUUACAAGCGAUAUACGCAUUUUUUUAUCUCAUACGUUUUUUUGCACGGAUUUGGAAGUUUUUGUAACGGUCGUUUGAAGCGAUGGCAUCUCACAAAGUGCAAGGGCAUGCAACACGCCCUAGAGAGAACCAAGAAAAUGUUAAUGUGAAACUGAAAGACAUAACGGCUAACAAUUUUUCGCAUUUUCAACCCACAAGAAGACCAGCUCUUGACGAUUUAGCAAAUAAACUUUCGAACAAGCAUGUUUUGCCAGGUAAACUUAUGGGGCCUUCAGCGGUGGUGGUUAAGAAAGCCGUUUUACCGCAAAAUAAUGCUAAAAUUAAAAAAGACAAGGAAAACGCUAUUCAAUUAACCAAAAAUGUUGGGGUCAAAGAAAAUGUUGCUAAAAAAAAAACUCAUGUGGAAGUUAUACCCAAAAGCAUUCGGGAGCCAGAAAAAAUACCCAUUGGACCAAGCAAGACGCUAAAUAAAAAAUGCAAGGAACUUUUAAUAAAUGAUUCAGAUGAGGAGAGUCGGAGAGAUCCGCAAAUGGUAAGUGAGUAUGUCGAGGAUAUACUUGCCUAUUUGCGAGGGAUCGAACACACAUACCCCAUCAAGGAGAAGUUUCUGGCUGAUACCAAGGUUUCGCCAAAAAUGCGAUCGAUGCUGGUUAAUUGGCUUGUUGAAGUGCACAAUAAUUUUAAGAUGUGCCAAGAGACCUUAUUUCUUGCAGUCUCUCUAUGUGACAGAUACUCUCAGGAGAACCACGGCGUCGACGCUAAAAUCUACCAGCUGGUAGGGACCGCGUCGCUUUUACUCGCUAGCAAGUACGAGGACAUCUACAUCCCGGACCUGGACGAUUUCGUGUUCAUUUGCGACGAGGCGUUCACGAAAAGGCAGAUCCUCCAAAUGGAGGUGGACAUCAUGCGCCGGUUGGACUUCCGCAUGGGCUGGCCGAUCUCCAUAUUCUUUCUGCGACGUUACAGCAAAGUCGCCAACGCGAAACCGGAACACCACACGUUGGCCAAAUACCUACUCGAAUUGGCCAUGUUGGAGUACGACGUGUCCCACGUCAAACCGUCGGUUCAGGCUGCGGCAGCCUGUUGUCUCUCCAUAGCGAUCCUCAACGAAACCAUGGACCCAUCGAGGGUGUGGAACGCGACCCUGGCCCGUCACGCCACGUACAAAUAUGCGGAUUUCGCGGACGUUGUGGUCGCGCUGGCCCGGUGCGUGGUCAAAGCCGAAACGUCAAAGUUCGACGUAGUCAAGAUUAAGUACGCAGCCUCGCAAUACGGCAAAGUGAGCACGAACUUUAAGCUCAAAGGUCCCCUGAUCCGGAAACUCACCCUCGGGUGAAGCUUCGUCCUUGUUUAUUUUACCCGUGUUUUAUACGUAAUUAUUCAAUCAUCGUUAGAUUCUAGGAAAUUGUAAUUUUGUUUAUGUGAUUUUCGAAUAAAGUUAAUUUUGCGCGUUUUCACGC